UACCAUAAAGACACACAGACACACAGACACACACACACACUAGCCUACAUGUUGCACAUGUUGCAGCAACAAAAAUGCUCAGCGCUGCCAAUGCAACAGCCACACAUGCAGCAGGAGCUGGAGCAGCAGCAGCGAUUGCCGCAACCGAAACUUAUGUCAUAACAAACAAGAAACAACAACAGCAGCAGCAGCAACAACAACAACAACAUUUUGUUGUUGCCACCAACAAAAUGUUGAUACCUGCCACAGGAGCAACAACAACAGCAGCAACAACUACAUCCACAACAGCAGCAGAAACAACACAACAUCAGCAGCAACAGCAACAGCAACAGCACCAUGUACUGUUUCAGCCGCACUUACAUGCAACUGCAACAACAUCCACACCUCAGCAACAGCAACAGGCACCACCUCAGCCGCGCCAACAUCCCAAGAAGCGUAAAUUUGAUCCAGCAGAGCUGGACAAGGCCGAACAGCAUCCCCAGCAGCAGCAGCAGCAGCAUCUUGUGACGCUGCAGAAGCAACAGAAAUCGGCUGAAACCAAUGGCAGCAGCGAGACGACCAAUGGCAAUCAGCUACAUCGCAUGAUUGUGAGUCCUUCGGCAUUGAAUUGCGGUGCAGGCGCCAGCGAUAUCAAGCUGCAACAGCAGCAGCAGCAGCAACGUAUUAUAAUUGCAUCCCCGCUGCAACAUGCCAGCGGUAGUGGUACUUACAAGCAACAUGUGGCAUGCAGCAGCAGCAGCAGCGGAAGUAGCAGUAGCAGCAACAACAACAAUGGCCAUGCGGCAACAAUCAAUCAUCAGCAACGCACACACACGCCCACAACUGCUGUCUACUACCAACAACAGCAGCAGCAGCAGCAGCAGCAGCAGCAGCAACAGCAACAGCAGCAACGUUUUAUCUUAAACUCUCACAAUCAGCAACAUGUACAGGAGCAACAUCCACAGCCACAACAACAGUCGUUGCAACAGCAACAGCAGCAGCCGCUGCAGCAACAACAAUCCUUACUCGAUCUCAGCGAGUGGAACAAUACCCGUGUCCUAGCUAAAAUCCAUAAUCAUUAUGCCCCAGGGAUUAUACGACAAGUGCAGGAGGCACAGCCCGAUUCAAUACUCGUGGAAUUCGAUUCCACCGAACUGGGACUGCUACUGUAUCCGGAUGUAUUCCACAAUGGACGAUAUCAUGUGAUACUCGAUGCCAGUCCACCCAUGGCAGAUAUCACGCUGGAUGCCCGGGUCUGUGUGCGACAGCGUGUGGAGGGACGCAGCUCUGGUAGCUUCGUCUAUGUGGAGGGCAUCAUCACGGACAUCAAUCAGGCCACAAAGCAAUAUAGUGUCCAAUUGUUUGGCGAUGAUUCGGCCCCCACAAAGGUUGUGCGUCGUGCUGAUCUCCGUCUGCUGCAGCCACCCUGGUGGGAUGAGCUCAGCGAACUGUCACCCUCCUCGGGAGCAACAGCGACGACAAGUGGCAAGCGGAAGGCGGCAGCAGCAGCAGCAGCAACAGCCGCAGCAGCAGAGGCAAUGCCCGUGCCCAGUGGCAACAUUGUGUACCCAAAGGUGGCCACAGGAACACAACUUACUUUUGUGGCCACACGGUACGAUGGCAAGCUGCCCACAGCACCGCCCACGACCACGUCCAGCUCCCAGCAGCAGCAGCAGCCGCAUCUGAAACAAGAAGAGUAUUACCGGUCGACGGCCACGUCGCCGUUCCAGAGCGGAGUGGUGCCAACGGCACGACCGCCCUUGGGGCUGGGCGGCCAUGUGGAGCAGACGACCACCGCGGGGCAAACGGCGGUGCAGGCGAACGGCCUGCCGGACAUAGUGAUCUCUCCGGGAAGCAAUGGGCAGCAGCACCUGAAAACCCAACAGCAGCAACAGCAGCAGCAGCAGCAGCAAGCGACGCGUAGCUACGACGACUACGAGUCGGAUGACGAGCUGAAUGUGGUGGGCAUCGGGUAUUCGCCGGCUGCCGGUGACCUGGACACGGAGAAGAUGAGCGCCUGCAGCAAACGGAGCAGCAUGCAGAGCCGCGGCAGUACGUCCAGUCUAUUCGAUCAGAGGCUCACACCACGAUCUCAUCCAGCAACUCCAAGAUCUCAGGCUACUACGCCGCAUCGCUUCAAGAAGGGCGACAUCGUGGAAUCGGAGUCCGGCGUGCGCAAGAAGUACAAUGGGAAGCAGUGGCGACGCCUCUGUAUGCUCUGCUCGAAGGAAUCUCAGAGGAGGGGCUUCUGUUCGAGGCAUUUGAAUCAGAAGGGUAACAAUGCCCUGCCCUCGUCCACGGGUCCGAAUCGCCUGCUGAGUGAUAGUCGUUCCAGCAGCAAGACACAGAUCGAUGAGGACACAUCACGUGACUCGGAGACAUCGCCCAACUAUCGGGUCAAGGGUCGCUACGAUCAGGAGGACACCGAUGCGGCCGCCGUGCUGGUAUCCCUGAGCAGUUCACGCUCGGCCACGCCAUCGUAUACAUCACCCGUGAAUCAUGCCGGCGCCUCGCCGCUAAAUGCCAUCGCCCACUCGCCGGUCAAUGUGUCCUCGAACCAAUACAGGCAGAACUUUUUCACGCCCAUUGCUGCCACCAAUCAAUCGCAGCAGCAACAGCAACAGCAACAACAACCUGCUGCCGUGACAUCUGUGACAUCGAUUGGUCCUUUGGAUACGGGAAAAUGGAAGACUACACCCAGUCCGGUCCUGUACAAUGCCAACAACAACAACAACAAUGGUUGGGAGGGGAACAGCAGCAACAGUGGAGCAUCAGGAAAUGGAACAGGAGGAGGAGCACAGCCACUGCCAAUGCCGCCACAAACAACACCCGUGUCGCUGGUCAUGCACGCCCCACCGCCGCAGCAGCAGCAGCAUCAGCAGCAGCAGCACCAGCAGCAGCAUCAACAUCAACAACCACCUGCCGCACACCUCAAUGCACUGCCAGGACCUGGAGCGCCGCCCAGCAGUGUGGGGCAUGCCACCAGCGUGAUACGCAUAUCCAGCAGCCAGCAGCAACAGCAACAGCAGCAGCAGCAUGCGACACCUCAGCAACAGCAGCAUUCCCAUCCUCAUGUGGUUGUGUCUCAGAACCAAACGUUUCAUCCCGUGAUUGUGGAUGCCACACAGCUGACAGUGACGUCCAUGCCGGUGCAGUCCAUGAUGCAGCAACAGCAGGUGCCGCACACUUCGGUUUCAUUUCAUCAGCCCAAUACGCCCACCAACACCACAUCGGUGGCAGUCACGUCGAUAGUGCAUGGCCACGGACACGGACACGGGCAAGGGCACGGGCAGGAGAAGGUGUUGACAAAAAACGGCUACAAUGCGCCUAGCCAUCCCUGGUACAAGAUUCUGCCACAAAUGCCGCCCAUGACCAAGGCGCCACAGGGUCCGGCCACACCAACAGCGACAACGACCGCCAGCAACUACAGCGUGGUCAUGAUGCAUCAACAGCAGCAGCAACAGCAGCAGCAGCCAUCGCCCCAGCAGAGCCCACUGGGAGGAGUAGGAGGAUGUGGAGGUGCUGUCCAGCAGCAGCAGCAGCAGCAUACAUCUCUGAAUCACAACAACAACCAUUUGAUUGUGCCCAAUCCUUUGUCGUCGCCCGGCAAGCCGCUCAACUGCUCCAUGAACGAUGCCAAGGUGGCAGCAGCUGCUGCAGCAGCAGCCGCCGCAGCGGUAACCCAUCAGCAGGCGGCGGAGGAGCAGGAUGACCAGCUGGACGAUGAUGUGUUCGAAUCCACGCCCACUCCCGUUCCGGCCACAACCAAUGGAAAGAAGCAGACGGCAGCCAUGCGGCUGCAAACGUACACCAGCAACAGCAACAUCCGGAAGCUGGAGGAGUGCCAUGACGACGGGGCCAAUGGCGGAGCACCCAUCACCUCGGCGGCUAAGCGGAGGAGUCAAUCCCUGAGCGCCCUGCAGCAGCAACAGCAACAGGCAGCAGCGCAACAGCAACAGCAACAGCAGCAGCAGCAGGCGGCAGCAGCGGCGGCAGGAGGAGGAGCGGCUGGACAGCCAGCGGCAGCGAACAAGAAGAUACGCAGACCGAUGAAUGCAUUCAUGAUCUUCUCGAAGAAGCAUCGCAAGAUGGUCCACAAGAAGCAUCCGAAUCAGGACAAUCGAACGGUCAGCAAGAUCCUCGGCGAAUGGUGGUAUGCCCUGAAGCCGGAACAGAAGGCCCAGUACCAUGAGCUGGCGAGCGUCGUCAAGGAUGAGCAUUUCAAGCAGCAUCCCGAGUGGAAAUGGUGCUCCAAGGAUCGCCGCAAGUCCUCCACAACGACGGCUGCUGGCAAGGCAGGAGGAGCAGCUGGAGCUGCAGCUGCCGCAGGCGAUGCCAAAUCUCGCUUGGCCUCGGUGGACGGUUCCGAUUCGCUCGAGCACGACAUGUGCCCCAAUACGCCGGGCGGGCAAGUGGGCCAUUCCGAUAACCAGGGCGACAUCAUCCCACUGACAAUUGACAACUACAACAGCGCCUGUGAUGAAGCGCCCACCACGAUCUCUGGCAAGGGGGGAAAGCUGCUGAAGAACGAGCUGCACUCGGACGAGGAUGAGCAGAUGCUGACGGUGGAGGAGCCACCCUCCAAGAAGCUCGAUCUGCAGUGUCGCGAACGUGUAAACGAUUCGGACAUGGAUGAUGCCCCCUACGAUUACCGCAAGCAACAACAGCAGCAGCAGGAAAAAGAUCAGCGCCCCCAGGAGGAUCAUGCGGUUGGUGCCAAUGGCCAGGCCAUGACUGCACCGCCAAAUACCGGUGGGGAUCGCGAGAUCACGCUCAAGCCAAAGGCAAUCAAGGCCCAUCCGGUGCUGGAGAGCACCAUGCUGCCAUAUCCCCAGAUGUCGAUCUAUACACAGUACACUAGUCCCAAGAAUCCAAUCGGUGUAACACCAUUCCAACCCACAGGCGGCGCCUUCAAGUCGAUGCCCAUCAGUCCCAAGGGCUGCAGUGGCAGCGGCAGCAAAUCCGAUGAGGCAGCCACACUGCAGCCACAUAUCAAGCAGGAGGACAUUAAACAGGAGCCACCAUCGCCAUAUAAACUAAACGGUGGCUCGAUCUCGGCAACCGGUGUGGUCAACAGUGCACCGCCGCCCAACAGUGGGGGGAGCGGUGUGGGAGCCAUCUUCAAUUUCAAUGUGCCAACAGCAACGGCCCUCAGCCAGAAGCAGUUCCAGUAUCCCAUGCAUCACACGCAUCGCAGUCCCACGGAUCUGAGAGCCGCGCAUCAGGCCUGUGUGCCCUCAUCACCGGCGGCCAUGAGUCUGGGACAUGCGGCCAAUAUGGCCACGCCACCGGCGUCCGCACCAGCACAGAUAAUGGGAGCAGGUCCAGCGCCAGGCCAAAAGAUGUUCUUUGCCAUGACAAGUCAGUACCCUUUGCUGCCGCGUUCCCACCAACCGGGUACACCCUCGCUGGAGCAUCUGCAGCUGGAGGCGUUUGCGGGCAGCUACAUAUUCAAGAAUCACAACGGACUGCCGCCACCAGUCAGUGCCCAACCGACAAUGCUGCUCCAUGGCUAUACGCCGAGUCACAGCGCCGAGCCGCCAGCGAGUUCGCCCUCGUACAAGUCGAUGCCCUCCACCCCAAAGUCGGCGACAUAUCACAUGAGUGCACCGCCAGAGCGUGCCGGCCAGGAAGGAGGCGGAGGCGGAGGAGCAGCGGCUGGAGGCGAUGAGAGCGACAUGGAUGCAGAUGGACAGCAGUUUAUAUUGGCACCAACGCCAGCACAAUUGGGACGAGCACCGUUGCAGCGGCGCAAGAAUUUAUCUCAAAGCAAAUCGGAGAGCAAUGUAUCGUUUGGCGCGAAUCUGGGGGCCAGCAAUGGGGGCGGACAGCACAUCAGUCGAAAGCUGCAUUCCCCCACAACGAUGGAUGCCUCGUCGCCCAUCAUUGGCCUUGUGAACAGCUCCAGCCUCAGUUCGGCACUGCCCACGCCCACCUCCUCGACAACGACACCCAAUAGCGAUGAGCAGCUGCCUCUGACGCCCACAACGAGCAACAGCAACAGUCAGCCAAAGUCUCCGUUGAAGGGAGUAUCGGCAGGAGCCGCAGCAGUGGCCCACAAAAAGAAGAACGAUGAAUUGAACAACAGUGUACUCAAGCAGGUGGACUUUGAGAAGAAAUACAAGGCACUGCCGCAGUUUCAGCCGGAGGAUUGCCAGUCGCCCAGUGCCAUAGCUGUGGCCUCCUCGCCGCGAGUAGUGUAUGGAACAAAUUAUCGCAAAAAGAAUACAGCGCCAGUGCCAGUGCAGAAGCUAAUUUGUGAAGACGAUUCGAUUGAUGAGCCCGCUUCGGCACCGCCAACCACAACGCAGCGCUUCUUUGGGCCCGACUUUAACAACGAGCUGAAGGAACUCGAGAGCUCGGAUCAGACGGGACGGUCGCCCCGAACGCCCAAGACGCCGCUGCAGAGUGCCAGAUCGGAUGCCAGCGAGAAGGGGCAUCGCAAGGUGCUGGAAACGCGUCGCAAUUUGGUUAUGCAGCUGUUUGCCGUUCACGGUAAUUUCCCAACAGCACAGGCCACAAUUGCCUUUCAGACGAAGCACAUUGAUGUGUUUCCGCGCAAACAGGAUCUACAGCUGAAGAUACGCGAAGUGCGACAAAAGCUGCUGGGACAGGCAUCCUGCACACCGCACUCGGCCGGUCCCAAUACGCCGUCCGACUCGAAUUCAUCGUCGACGACGCUGAGCGCCAAUAGUGCACACACCAGCAAUGCGACACCGAAUACGGCAGGUGCGAAUCCUCAACAGAAGGAGCGGAGGCAGGACUUGAAGCAGCAGCCUGAAAGCAAAGCAAAUGAAACGUAGGAGAGUGGAAGGAAGGACAGGAUACGACAACCGAUUGUUUUGCUGCCAAAAGUGACAAAAUUACUUAACGAUAGAGUAAACUCAACGAAAGCAGCAGGAAAAGCAACAGCAGAAACACCUGCAGCAGCGCACACUCA